AAAGCAAUGAAAUUUUCAAAUGAGAGAGUUGUCAGUCAAGAGCAGAUGUAUGAAUCAAUGGGUACAUUUUUAGAUGGUGUUCAGGAAGUGGCUUACAUUCACUCCAGCCAGAAUGUGAUUAAAUCAAGCAAAGCUGAAAAUCACAUGAGCCGAUGGACAGCCCAUGAUGUAUUUGAAUUGAAGCAGUUUUCCCAACUUCCUGCUAACAUAGCCGUUUGCACUUCUAAGGGAAACGUCACAGCGCCUGGUUGGACAGUUCGCUCCGUGCGUGCUAGACCUCGAGAAAGACAGAGCAGCGAGGAGAAGCGCUCCGUGUUUGCUACUCUGUUCUUGGGUUUGUUUGGCGCACAACUGGCUCUAGAUGGGCAAUUUUCUUAGCAAUGUUUUGCUGCUAUUCCACCGCCUCUUCCGCCGCCUUCCCGUGCCUGAAGGCCGUCGUCGCACGUUGCCUGGAGGCCGUCGUCGCGCCUUCCCUGCUGGCCAUCGCACCUCGUCUGGUUUUUGGCGCACCUUGCCUGAUGACGUCCGCACCUUCCCUGGUGACGCCCGCAGCUUGCCAGGGGACAGCUGCACCAGGCCUGGUGACCCCCGCAGCCUCCCUGGGGACCCCUGCAGCCUCCCUGGGGACCCCCGCAGCCUCCCUGGGGACCCCCGCACCUUCCCUGGGGGCGGCCGCAGCUUCCCUGGUGACGGCCGCUCCCUGCCUGGCACCGGCCGUCACUUCCCUGGUGGCGGUCGCCCGGUGAUUUGCCCAGUCCGCAGCAACUAUGGCCCCCCUGACAGGAAGCAACCUGCUGCUCCCGCGCAAGUCCUCCACCCUGGUCGCAGCCCCCCGGAUUGCGUGUGGAUACGAGCAGCCAUCUUGCACCUCCCGAGGAGGCAGGUGCAUGUCUUCCCGCCGGGCAUGUAUUCCUCUGUGGGGAGCCUGCGGGCGCGGGAGAACUGGAGUGACCCUCGAAAGAAGCCUGUUCGGUUGCUUUCCAGCCUGUUUGUACCCUCAGGAACCACAAGGAUCCCUCCUGCAGUGCGAAAUUUUGUUCACCCGUGGUUUGCACCUAAGCAGGUAGUCCAGGGUAGGCUGCAGGGGCUAACCAGUAUCAUCCUACAUCCCGGACCCUCGGGAACCACAAGAAUCCCUCUUCCAGUGCGAAAUUUUGUUCACCCCUGGUUUGCACUUGAGCAGAUAGUCCAGCGUAGGCUGCAGGGACUAACCAGUACCGUCCUACAGCCUGACUCAAAGGACAUAAGAGUGAAGAUCCAAAAGACCCCCAAAAAAGUGCUUGCAAACCGUGAACAGGAUCAUGUGAAGACCAAGGGACAGGACGAUCAGAACAACCACCAUAGUAAUGGGGAUCUACCGAAGACCACUGGAGCUGCCAUUUCUGACAAGGGUAGUCCUGAGCCUGCGGACAGUGGUCCCAAGCACCCAGAAUGCAGCUUGAGCGAGAAUUCCCUGGAGGCUCCCAUGAGCUCCCCCGCUGAAAGCCAGGUGGCGGCGCGCUCAGGCAGCCCUGCUGGAGAUGCCCUGCCGCCUCCAAAGCCUGAUUCCGAAUCAGCAGGGCUCUCUGCCCCAACCCCUUGCUGCUCUGUGCUGCCAGAGAGAGCCACAGAGGAAGUUCCGGGGGAAGACCAUGCGCAGAUCUAUCCAGACUCACACAAACCGGGUAAAGAGAUGCCCAGCAACAAGCCUGCAGAUAUCCCACCGGUGAGCUCUUCACUGGUAUCUGCCAGCAGAGGGCGCGGCAAGCGCAAAAUUGCCAAGCCACCUUCUCCACCCCUGCCACCACUGAUGGAGGGUCAAGGGCAGCUGCCGGCCCUGUAUAAGCACCCUUGCUUAGCUAGUGACCCAAAUCACGAAACCUCGAAGAACCCUACUUGUCAAUGGAAUAAGACCAUGGAAGACAAAACGAAGGUCAAGGUGGACAGCAGUGCUACUCAGUCUGCCCCUUCUUUUACCCCAGCUGGGGUGGCUGCAGACUCCCUGCCCCCGGCUCCUCACAGUGCUCAGGUCCCAGCUACUGCCAACUCGGCUGACCCAUCUGCCAGGCCCCCGACCUUGCCUGUUCCUACACCUCCUCCACUACAAAAUAUUGAUCAGAAAAAAGGACACAUAGUCCCUCGCUUUUCUCUUCGUCAAUGUCCUCAUUCUAUGCCACCUCUUCGUUCUAAUCACAUGUUGGCAAUCUCACCUAGUCUGAAUGGAGGCCGCUUACGUUCAGUGCUAACUACAUCUCCUGUUUCUCACGUGUCCACACCUGCUGUGACCUCAACCGUCUCCACCGCAUCUGCCAAUAAGACCGGUGAGCGGACUGCAUCUCCUGAUGUCGUCGACAUGGACACUACCCUGCCUUUGGAUGUUGUCCUAUUCAGAGCUCCCCCAUGAUGGUUGACGAUCUCGCAGACCUGCCCGAGUUGCAGUUCCCCGAUGCCGCUUUCCAAUAUCUCGCAGACCUGUCCACGCAUACUGCCAGGUGGAAAACCCCCCAAACUUAGUUGGCUCCUCCGAACGAUGCAGCCAACCUGCAUUGAAAUACCUGUGCUUGUUGCUGAAUUAUGCAGUUGGCCCCAAAUCAACCGUCAGCCCACAUCAGGGACCUGCGGUGAUCUGAACAAGAAAACCUCUGUCGCCACUGCUGCAGUAGGCUGCAACCAGCCCCUUGUGACUCCUGUGGUCACCCAUGCUCCAGCAAAGAGCACCUCUGCAAACCCUGUUGACUACUCGGAGCCUAUGGACACCACACCCUAGGCUGUCAUUUUCGAGUCUCCACCUGUCCCUUGGGAGAACAACUUCCCAUUCUACAUAGUACUUUUGUGAUUUGAAGUCACACCACCCAGUGUCACCAUUCCAAAGGCUUCUGUCUCCACUACAGAAUGAGUAGGCAAAGAGACUGAAAAGGUCUUUAUCACUGGAAAGGGGCUGAGCCCCAUAUGUGACAUUUUACUUACAAUCUUCCUACAGCAAGCCAGAGGACCACACCUCAGGAGUAUAUGUGUGUUGUGUUGUAUGUGUAUCACGUGUGUGUGUGUGUGCUUAAGAGGCAGA